GGCAGCCUAGGCAACAUUGCGCUGGCAUGUCUGCUCGAUUCGUCGGCGUGUGCGAGAAACCGUGAGGGCGAUUGAAACCGAUAUUUAGUCUUUAACUGGUACUCCCGUUGUUUAGGAGCAAUUGGUGGCAAUGAGAGACGGUAUAGACUUGGUCUAGACUUAUUACUCUGCCAUUCUUUCGCUGUGUGCAAGUGCGGUAAGAAAAAGGCAAGAUGAUGAGUAUGACGCUGUUCCGUCCAGCGUUGCUCUCUGCAUCCAAGGUCUGGUCAGUGGCUAUCAUGGCAUCUAGUAGUAGCAGCAGCAGUGAUACUGCCAGCUCCGGCCAGUCCCGAGCACGGCUGCAGCCUAUCAAUGGCUAUGAAAGGACAGCCGAGAAAAUCUUCAAGGAAGUUCUUGAGACAAGACAAAAGACAGCCACAGGAGAUUGGGAAGUGCCCAAGCUGUUCCUGGUGGAGCGGGUGAUGGACUACCAUAAAUCACCACACUGGGAGCGGGACAUCCUCAAGCUGCUCAAACUGGUUGAGUCCAAAGAGGAUCGCAAGGCCCGCAUUAAGAGGCCGCUUGGUAGCAGAACCAUAGUGAAGAACACGCCGUUCAUGUGCAAGAUGCUGUGGCAAGUGAAGCACCUGGUGAAAGUGAGCCCCAUUACAUUUCCGGAUGGGGAACCCACGGAGGCAAUCACGGGCACCCACUUGAGUCGUGACGGCGUCUUCCGCAUCGUACACAGUCUACAGGUGUCAGAGCAACAGCUGCUCGAGCCAGCCAGACACACGAAGAGGAAGUUUGAUGGCAAAGAAAUAGCCAAAGUGCUACACCGGCAGUGGAACAAUGGUUUGAGCUGAAUAGAAUAAAGUGAUAUCGGAGAUAAGAGUUAAAUUACUUGCAUUUCGGCAUCACCCAGCAUAGAGCUAUAUAGUAGUGGCCUCAGCUGAAUGGGGUUAUUUGCAUUAAAAGAACAUGUAGAAAAGGAGAAAAUUGUGUCUGCUCUGGAAAGUUGAAAAUAAAGCUUUUUCUCGUUUUCA